AUGAAGCUCAACGCUCUUUUCUUUGCCUUUGCGGCUGGUACCGCGCUGGCUGCUCCCCGACACAAGAAGCGGGCUACCUUUGAGUUCUUCGGAGUCAACGAGUCCGGUGCUGAAUUCGGCGAAGACACCCUCCCCGGCGUCUGGGGAACCGACUACACCUUCCCCGACCCAGACACCAUCUCGACCCUGAUCUCCGAUGGCUUCAAUAUCUUCCGCAUCCAGUUCAAAAUGGAGCGCCUGACCCCCGAGAUCACAGGCUCCUUUAACGAUGCCUACCUGAAGAACCUGACUUCGACCAUCGAGUCAGUCACCAGCGCCGGUGCAACCGCGAUCCUGGAUCCCCACAACUACGGCCGAUUCAACGACGAAAUCAUAAACGCCCCCGACGACUUCCAAACCUGGUGGAAGAACGUCGCAACCGAAUUCGCGAACAACACCAACGUCAUUUUCGACACCAACAACGAAUACCACGAAAUGGACCAAGAGCUCGUCCUCAACCUCAACCAAGCCGCAAUCGACGGCAUCCGCGCCGCAGGCGCCACUUCGCAAUACAUCUUCGUCGAAGGCAACUCCUGGUCCGGCGCCUGGACCUGGGUCGACGUGAAUGAUAACCUGAAGGCCCUCACCGACCCGCAGGACAAGAUUGUGUACGAGAUGCACCAGUACCUGGACAGCGACGGGUCGGGCACCUCGGAGACGUGUGUGUCGGCGACGAUUGGGACGGAGCGGGUUGCCGACGCGACGCAGUGGUUGAAGGAUAACAAGAAGAUUGGGAUCAUUGGGGAGUUUGCGGGCGGGAACAAUGACCUGUGUCGCACGGCGAUUGAGGGCCUGUUGGAUUCGUUGCAGGCGGACUCGGAUGUUUGGCUUGGGGCGCUUUGGUGGGCUGCUGGGCCUUGGUGGGCGGAUUAUAUCUAUAGCAUUGAGCCGCCCAGUGGGAUUGCUUAUGAGGGGAUGCUGGAUACGUUGAAGCCUUAUCUGGGUUAG